AAAAAGGCCGCACCGCCACAAACGGCAUUGCGCAGCACUACAUAGGAAGAAGCAGUUGAGUUACGUUUACCAACGGCCAGGCGCGAUAAAGAAACAAGAAAAAACUGCGAAAAUCAAGCCUACUAACGCCAAUAAAAAUAAGCAAUACUCGACUAAGUGUAUUGCCCCUCUCAAGCAACUAAAAAAAACCGGUACCUUUUAAGGCAAGUGCUCGCAAACGGCAUUUGUAAAAGUUGCGCGUUCACGGUAUGCCCUGCGUGGCGUGUGUGUCGAGUUACCUGUAAUUGUGUGCGUGGAGAGGAGCGAAGCGUGGAACGCAGAGUGGAAUAAACUCGCCAGCGCCAGUCGAUAGCUUUUUAAAUUCAGAUAUUUCGCAAUCAGUGGACCAGCAUAAUUAGCAACUGCAACCGAAAAAUGUCGGAGGCAAGCAUAGAUCAAAAGCCGGAGGCCGUGCCGGCGUCCGCAGAGGAGACUCCAACGUCAUUGGAUGAGAAAAAAACACCCAAGCGCACUCCCAAACGCCGGUCGUUCAUUGAGCGGGCACAGCGGGAAAGCGAGGAGCUGGUACGAACAAUGGGUGGCAGUUUAGAGCUCGAGGGCGGACGGCGCACGCGAUCCAGUACUCGCGGGACUCCGACACGGGCCGCCGAUACAGUGACGCCGCCACCAAGCAAGAAAGCACGCACCUCACCGGCAUCGACUACCAAGGCUAGUGGUGGCGGCGGGAAGGGUCGCGGGGCACGCAAGCUGGACGUGGGCGCCGAGGAGCCUGAGCCGGAGCCGGAGAAGGUACAAACACCAGCAAAGGCAAAGACACCAGCCAAAAAGGAAAAGAAAGAGGUGAAAAAAGCUGAAGUGCCGGCUAAAGAAGAAAAAGCAGUGGUUGAGGAGGUUGAAAAGGUAGACAAGGUGGAGGAGAUCAAGGAAACCAAGGAAACAGAUGCCACAACAGCCGCUGAUCAACCGGAUGCUGUUGGAGAGUUACCAGCGGUGGCAGAGGAGAAGCAAAACCACAUUGAUGAAGCCAAACAAAGCACCGAAGAGCCAGAAAAAGCUGAGGCUGAGGUUGCGAAGGCGGAAGACGCGCCGAAAACCAACGAUGCUGCAGAGAACGGUGCUGCGAAAGACACUCCUGCUGCUGUAGAUUCCGAACCCGCCGCCAUGGACGUGGACGAGGAGUCUCCCGCUGCUACACCUUCUGAACCUGCCGACGCACCUGCAGUGGUUGAAGAAAAAACGGAGGAGAAGGCAGAACCGGUCGUACCUGUUGCGGAAAAGCCUAAAGACCCAGUGGAACCUGCUAAGGAGCCCACUCCAGAACCCAUGGAAGUGGAUGCGAGUUCAAAGGGUAGUUCGGACACCGCCCAAGUGGACACGCCAGCUACAGAGGAAGCUGUUGCUGAACCAGUGACCGAGUCGGCUGUCGCGGCGGAGUCCACAGAUGCCAGUGAAAAGGUGGAUGAGGUGGCCACAGAGGCCAAGGAAGUUGUGCCAGAAGUGCCCGCUGUAGAAACCAAGGAAGCCGAGAGCACAGUCGAAUCGGCGGAGCCCAAGGAAGUGAGCCCACCCGCUGCCGAGAUCAAGGAAGCGGAUAGCAGUGAAGAGCCCAAGGUUGUCGAGACUUCCGUGGCCGAGUCCAAGGAACCUGAAAGUACAACGGAUGAGAAUGCCACGCCUAUUGCCGCUGAGGUUCCAGCCGCCCCCGCCAUUAAUGAUGUCAGCAAGCCCGUAGUAACGGUGGCAGAUGAUGCCAGUGCUGUAGUUGCGGAAAGUCCCCUGAAGGAAGCGACGAUCAUAAGUGAAGUGAAAGAACCCAAUGUUAAUGGAGAGCCCAAGAUCGUCAACAGUUCGGCCGAAGUGGCAGAGAACGCAGCGCCAAAGGUCUGUAACUAGGCCGACCGAUCCACCGAUGGACAACCAACAACUGUAAUGCGUUUGAGGAUGUGUACAAAAAUAUCUUCAGCUCGCCCGCCGGGUCGGUGAGGAUGUGGCUAACGAUACGCAAAUAUUUAAGAGUUCCCCCCGUCUUUAAUCCAACACCCACAUACUGUUAUGAUUUUUUUUACAAUUGACUACUUUAUUUCGUACUCAAUAAUAACUUCAAUUUGAUGAUAGUCCGUGUCUUCCGGUUUUUGGUUGACACGAGGGACGACAUAGGCCGCAAUCGAUGCUGGACUUUCAAUGUUGCACUGUGCGCGUCAACUAAACAGACAUUCAAAACAGAAUAGAGUAGUUUCGAUUAUUAACACACACACACACCCACCCAUCCCACCCGCCCC